CUCUUUUCCUGGACUCAUCAUUGGCUCAGUGAUGAACCACACACCCAGUCCCCACAUGACAGAGGCCGCCAAGUCUGGGGCGGGCUUGUUGUGCGGCCUGGGCCUGGGCCCGGAUCGGGUGCGUUCCCCGGACAGCCUGACCUACACACCCAGCCCGUCAGGGGGAACGCCUAGUUCCAGUCCUCCUCUGCUGAUGUCUCCAGGGCUGGGCUGCGAUGGCGGCGGGGACUGGGAGAGCCGCGAGGAGCUGCGUCUGCGUGAGCUGGAGGAGGCUCGGGCGCGGGCGGCUCAGAUGGAGAAGACGAUGCGCUGGUGGUCAGACUGCACGGCUAACUGGAGGGAGAAGUGGAGUAAAGUGCGGGCCGAACGCAACAGGGCACGGGAUGAGGUCAGGCAGCUGAGACAACGUCUGGACGCCCUUACCAAAGAGCUGACGGGGGCACGGCGAGAGCGUCAAGAGCUGGUGGCCGAAAACGAACAACUGCGCCUAGAGGCCCAAAGAGUCCGAGCUGAACAGAACUCCCCAGCGAAUACUUCCACUGCACCAGCAUCCAACUCCUCAACUGCCUCCACACACUCCAACCAGCCACGGGAACCAGACAUCAAGCAGGACAACCAGGAUGAGGAGAACAUGAGAGAUGGCCCAGGCUCUCCAGAGCAGGAACCUGUGAGAGAUGUAGACACUGACAAACCAGACAAGCAGAAGGAGUUGGAGUUAUUGGAGGCUCUUCUCAGGGCGAAGUCAGAUGCUCCAGACUCUUGGGACAUUCGCAGUGCCAGUAGCUUGCGCUCAGUUCUCAGUCGGCAGGACCGGAGCAGACUGCUGUGGGAGGAUCUGGCUGCCCUGGAGGAGGACUCUGGCAAGCUCAACGCUCUCCAGCUACGCCUGGAUGAGUCCCAGAAAGUCCUGCUGAAAGAACGCGAGGAUAAGCAUGCGCUCAUUAAGAACAUCGAGAAGCUGGAGGUGGAGCUGAGCCAAUGGAAACUCAAAUAUGAGGAACUGAACAAGAGCAAACAAGAGGCCCUAAAACAGCUGAACUUCUUGAAAGAGGUGCAUCAGGAUGAGCUGGGCCGCAUGUCUGAAGAUCUGGAGGACGAGUUGGGGGCUCGUACCAGCAUGGACAAAAAACUGGCAGAGCUCCGUACAGAGAUGGAACGUCUGCAGGUGGAGAACGCAGCAGAGUGGGGUCGUCGGGAGCGUCUGGAGACGGAAAAGCUGGCUCUGGAGAGGGAAAACAAAAAGCUGCGCACCCAGAUGGAAGACCUGGAGGAGCAGCUGGCACGCAAACGCAGGCAGGCCGCCAGCGCCCUGGACACCGACCUCAAGACCAUCCAAUGUGAGCUGUUUGAGAGGAACAAGGAGCUGGCAGAUUUGCGGCACGUCCACUCUAAGGUUAAAAAACAGUACCAGGAGAAGAUGGCCGAGCUAGCACAUGCUAACCGGCGUGUGGAGCAGCAUGAGACGGAAGUGAAGAAGCUCCGACUGAGGGUGGAGGAACUAAAGAAAGAGCUGGGCCAGGCUGAAGAUGAGUUGGAUGAGGCUCAUAAUCAGACCAGAAAGCUACAGAGGUCCUUGGAUGAGCAGGUGGAGCAGACAGAGAACCUACAAGUUCAGCUGGAGCAUCUACAAUCCAGGCUAAGGCGUCAGCAGAAUCCGGGCCUCUUUGGCAAGAUGAGGACAUCAGCUUCAUCCCGUUUUGUGCCAGAGGACGCAGACGCCCCCCCUAGCGACCCAGAUGAAGAUGAGGAAGAAGAACUGCAGCUCCAGAUCCCCUAAACUGUUCGCUUCAGACCUGGGAAUGUACGAAAGACUCAAAGAUCGCACCCAAACAUUUCACCUUCCCCUUCAUUUCAUCUCUCAGCUGAAUACAUAAGAGGACUCACAAUUCACAACCUUCGACAGACAGAUAAACACAAUGAUUUUUCAGU